AUGGUUGCCAACAACACUCCAAUUUUCUUCGUUCGUGAUCCAUUCGAUUUUCCAAAUUUCAUUCAUGCUUUGAAGAGAAAUCCGCAAACUCAUCUGAGGGACAUGAAUGCUUUGUUUGAUUUCUUAGGCAAUCAUCCGGAAAGCACCCAUCAGACGCUGUUCCUGAUGUCUGAUCGAGGAACUCCUGACGGAUACCGUCAUAUGCAUGGGUACGGCUCGCAUACAUUCAAGUUGAUCAAUGCUGCAGAUGAAGCAAUUUGGUGCAAAUUCCACUUCCUGACUGACAACAUCAAGAAUCUUAUGGCAGAUGAAGCCAGACGUUUAGUAGGAGAAGAUCCUGAUUAUGCUAUUCGUGACUUGUACAACGCCAUUGACAAAGGGAAUUACCCCGAAUGGACCAUGUACAUCCAGGUGAUGACACUGGAGCAGGCUGAUAACUGGGAAAUGAAUCCGUUUGAUCUCACGAAGAUUUGGCCGCAUGCGGAUUUUCCAAUGAUACCCGUUGGCAAGUUAGUCUUGAACCGAAACGUGGAAAACUACUUCGCCGAGGUUGAGCAAGCAGCCUUUGCUCCAUCCCAUCUUGUUCCGGGAAUUGGUUUCUCCCCGGAUAAGAUGCUGCAAGGACGCAUAAUUUCUUACCCAGAUACCCAGUAUCAUCGACUUGGUCCCAAUUACAAACAAAUCCCAAUCAAUUGCCCAUAUCGUGCUCGUCCCCAAAACACACAGCGUGAUGGUCUCAUGACUAUUGAUAGUCAAGAGCAUGUGUGCAAUUUGCACGGGGAAGUAAACCGCCAUCCUUUUAAUCCCGAUGACGAUUUUGUACAGCCAAGAGAGCUCUGGCGACGGGUAUUAAAAGACGAAGAAAAAGCUAGAUUGAUUGAGAAUACUGCUGGCAUGCUGAAAGAUGCCUCAUCAGUCAUCCAAGAAAAAUUCCUAGAGAAUUACCGAAAGGUUGACCCUGCGCUUGCUGAUGGAGUGAAAGAGGCUGUCGCGAAACUUAUUGCCAAUAAGGUUGAGUUGGCUCACUCAAAUGUUUGA